AGUAUACGCCCCACUCCUGUAGACAUCAGUAAGAGGUUCAAGUUUGUAUAACACAGAAGGUGAGGACAAUUUAUGCUGCAGCAACAUCCCUAGAUCAGUGUCCAGUGUCCCAGACUAACAUCUCUAAUGCUUCCAAUGUUUCUGUUUGGGAUCUUGCACACAGAGGCUGUCUAUCACAAGAAAGCCUCACAUCACGGAUAGACAAUCUGAAGAAGGACUUUGUUCAAGUUCAUGCUCUUGAAGUAGCAGAGGAGUUGCUGAAAAAGAACAGACAUAUUGCCAUCAACGGAGCUCCAGGGGAUGGGAUAACCACCAUUGCUUUAAUGCUUUGUGAUAAAUAUCUCAAGAAAAAUCAUAGCAUAUUGUUCGUAGAAAACGUUGACCUUUUUGGUGUUAACACGAUAAUCAAAAGGAACAAUGACAUGCUUGUUGUCUUUGACAUCAUUUUUGGCUCUGUUACAUUACUGUCAAGUUUAGAAGCUAUCCACAAAGUGUUCAGUGCCUUGGUUGAAUCUGUGUGUGUCUUGAGUGUGUCACAACCAGAUAAAGUUGCUUCAGGACAGACAUUCAAGCUUCACUUUCUUUUCACAUCACGAACCUACAACUGGAAUGAGGGAUGUUCUAGACUGCAUCAGUUCAAAGGCAGUCUCUUCGAUUCACAAGUCGUCAUUGAUUUGACAAAAACAGGCCUUACAGAAAAAGAAAAGGAAUCCAUUCUCACAUCCUUUAUGAGAGGAUAUCCACUGUUCGACAUUUCUCAGGAGGAUAUGAAGGCUAUUACACAGUAACAAAACAGCAUGUUUGGAUUCCCACUGACCAGUAGACUGUACGUCCAUAACACAGUCUUCCAAACAGAGACACGAGACCUUGACAACAUUGUCCGAGAACUCAGUAGCAGAUCAGCAGCUCUUAUUCUUCUCAUCCUGUGUGGUGGGGAACUGGACCUUGUUUCCUUUCAACAAGGAACGAGAGGAGCCUACACCGCCCUGUUUCAUGCUGUACAGGAGGUGGUGCCAUCGUGUACUCCAACGGAUAUUGAUAACGAAAUCAGAAAUUUCAAUGGCUCCUACUGUAGAGUGGAGAAUAAUGCAGCUUCCUUCUCACAUCCAUCCAUCUAUGAUGCGGCAGCAUGUGCCCUUGGUAAUAUCAACCCUGUGUUGUUGUUAAAGCAUUGCUCUAUGAAAUUUUUGUAUGAAAGAGUAAGACAGGGUAAGCAGGAUCAACAAGUGCCAACAAUCACAGAUGAUGUCACAAACAUGAUGUACAUCACGACUCACCUAUACCCAAUAGUAGUGACCAGGCUGGUGGAAGGCAUACAACACGGAUGUUUCAGAUUGACACUCCCCCAUCCUCUAUUGAGGGACGCCCAAUUUGCCUCCUUACUAUAUGAACAACUGGCUGAUCACUUGCAACACAUUGUUACACAGAAGGACGCUGAUUCUGGUGAAUGUUUCAUUUAUUAUGUUUCACUGUCAGAUAAUGAUUUACUAUUUGCCCAUUCCUUGGAAGUACUUGGUAGAAGGGAAAAUAUCCAUGCUCUUUCAGUCGAGACUGUGACGUACCUCAAUGAUGCUUUAUUAGCCUGUGUGCGAAGUAAUAAGCCCCAACGUCUUGGACAAAUAAUAUAUAUGCUUCAGGAAGGGCAUAUGUUUGAUGUAAACUGGAGAAAGGGAGAUAGAACCCUGUUGAUGUUUGCUGCAGAGUCAGGGAAUUUGGACGUGUUCAACGUAUUGUUAAAGUGGAAAGCAGACAUAUUACUUACUGACUGGAAAGGAUAUACUUGUCUUCACCACGCUUGUAAAUCAGGGAGCAAAGAUGUCAGUAUAGCUAUUGUAAAGCUUUUUCCUGAUUUGAUUAAUGUAUUUGCCGAGAAAGGCCUGACAGCUGCCAUGUUGUGUUGUUUGUCUGGUCAGAAUGAAGUUCUGAAAGAACUUGUGCGGCAAGGAGCAAAUCUCAGUCUCACUGACAAAAAAGGUAGAAACUGUCUUCAUUUGGUUUGUGAAAGUGGACCCCUAUCUACAGUGAAAUAUUUGAUGUCUCUGAAAACAAUUGAUAUCAAAAGUAAAGGAAGUUUUGGGCAGACACCGGUUAUGUUGGCAGCAGAGAAUGGACAGUUAGAUAUUUAUAAUCUUCUUGUAUCAAAGGGUGCUGAUCUGUCACUUACUGAUGGUAACCACAAUGAUUGUCUGAUGUUGGCUUGUAUGGGAGGCAACAAGCAUAUUGUGAAACACCUCUUGCCUUUGAAACUGUUUGACAUCAACAGGAGAGGAAUGCUUUACCAGACCCCAGUUAUGUUGGCAGCUGUGAGGGGACAUGUUGAGGUUUAUGAUCUUCUUGUAUCUGAGAGGGCGGAUCUGUCACUUACUGAUGAUAACGGCUAUGAUUGUCUGAUGUUGGCUUGUAUGGGAGGUAGCAUGACUAUUGUGAAACGGCUCUUAUCUGUGAUAACAUUUGACAUCAAUAGGAGAGGAUGGCGUAACCAGACCCCAGUUAUGUUGGCAGCACAGAGAGGACAUGUUGAGGUUUAUGAUCUUCUUGUAUCAGAGAAGGCGGAUCUGUCAUUUAUCGAUUUCCACUUAUGUGAUUGCCUGAUGUUGGCAUGUGAAGGGGGUAGCAUGCCUAUUGUGAAACACCUCUUAUCCUCGAUAACAUUUGACAUCAAUAGGAGAGGAUCGGUUAAACAGACCCCAGUAAUGUUGGCAGCACAGAGAGGACAUGUUGAGGUUUAUGAUCUUCUUGUAUCAAUGGGGGCUGAUCUGUCACUUACUGAUGAGGCCAACAAUGAUUGUCUGAUGUACGCAUGUGUUGGAGGUAGCACGCCUAUUGUGAAACACCUAUUAUCCUUAAAAAAUGCAGUUGACAUCAAUAGGAGAGGUUGGUUAAAAAGAACACCAGUCAUGGUGGCAGCAGUGAGAGGACAAGUUGAGGAUUAUACUCUUCUUGUAUCAGAGGGGGCGGAUCUGUCACUCACUGAUUGUAGCAACAAGGAUUGUCUGAUGUUGGCAUGUGAGGGAGGGAGCAUGCCUAUUGUAAAACACCUAUUAUCCUUGAAAACAGUAGACAUCCAUAGGAGAGGGUGGAUUAACCGGACACCAGUUAUGGUGGCAGCAGAGAAAGGACAUUUUGCUGUUUAUAAUCUUCUUGUAUCAGAGGGGGCUGAUCUGUCACUUUCUGAUGAUAACAACAAUGAUUGUCUGAUGUUGGCAUGUGAAGGAGGUAGCCUCCCAAUUGUUAAACAUCUCUUAUCCUUGAAAACAUUUGACAUCAAUAGGAGAGAAUCGGUUAACUGGACACCAGUUAGGUUGGCAUUAUUGAGAGGACAUGUUGAUAUGUAUAAUCUUCUUGUAUCAGAGGGAGCCGAUCUGUGACUUUCUGCAUCACAUGUCCCCUUUGGCAACUCUGCAUAACUGUAGAGAAGAAAAAGAAUUGUCUAUAGUAAUUACUGUGUAAUUAGCAAGCUGCCAUCUUCAAUACAUAUAUGCUACAGAGGCCCGUUACAUACAGUCUCACAUUAAGAAUCAUUAUGGAUAGAAAAUAUUGAUAACUAGUUUGUUCUGCGGCUGCCCACGGUUCUCUUGUGCACACACAGGAGCUCCACAAGAUUGGCUCAUCUCUUAAUAACCUACGGUAAUGAUUGAGUCAUCCUAACUGUCUCACUGUCCAGCUUUGUUUAGCCUUAUUUGAGACAAGGAAAACCAUGCGGGGAUAACUAUCCAGACAAAUACAGUCUCAAGAUGAUUCUCUUAGAAGAUAAUGACAAUAAAAGCACCAAAACCCUUUCCAUAUUAAAUAGCUAAAAGCAGAGUCGAUUGCACGAUUUCCGAUUAUAUCAUGAGCAUGUGUUUAUGAAUCACUCUCAAAUAGUGAUGAUACCAGGUGUUGCGAAAAGGUGAGCAUAACCUGCUCCACUGGUGGAACCUGUCACAAACACAUGACAACACAAGUCAAGUUCUUCAGGAAGUUGUCCCUUACUGAUCCGCUCACUGAUGAUUACAAAAAUGAUUGUCUGAUGCUGGCUUGUAUGGGAGGUAGCAUGCCUAUUGUGAAACACCUCUUUUCCGUGAAAUCAUUUGACAUCAAUACGAGACAAUAGUUCAACAAGUUAUGUUGGCGGCACAGAGAGGACAUAUUGAUGUUUAUUAUCUUCUUGUAUCAGGGGAUGCAGAUCUUUGUCACUAACUGAUUUGAUGAACAAACAUUGUCUUGACACCAGUUCUGUUGGCAGCAGUGAAACAACAUGUUGAUGUGUACAGUUUUCUUCUAUCAGAGGGGUCAGAUCUGUCACUUACUGAUUUCUUCAUUUAGAAGUUGGAGUACUAAGUAAGGAAAAGAAUUUAUGGAUAAACAACUUCUUUAUUACAAUUA